UGCAAUAGACAAGAUAGAGUAGAUAAGACGUUUCGAGUGUUGCCAUAAAUAAGGCAUUCCUUAAUGUUUAUUUCGGAGUUUAAAGCAUUGUCUUGAAUAGUUAAAAAAAAUAACAUUGUGCUUUAUGACACGUCUUGCUCGCUGUCAUUUUCCUGUCAGUUUAUGUCGAUUUGUUUUCCCACAGUACGUACGUAUGGAAAUGGAUUUAAUGUGUCUAAACAAUUAAUAAAAACAUUAAAUAUGGGGAACGCUGACACAAAAUUAAACUUUCGGAAAGCUGUGGUCCAGCUGACAUCGAAAACCCAGCCUAUCGAUGCGUCGGAUGACAGUUUCUGGGACCAGUUCUGGUCGGAGAGCGUGACGAACGUGCAGGAUGUGUUCGCGCUGGUGCCGGGAGCGGAGAUCCGCGCGCUGCGCGAGGAGUCGCCCAAUAAUCUGGCGACGCUCGUGUACAAGGCUGUCGAGAAACUCGUGAAGACCGUCGACAGCAGCUGCCGCACACAAAGAGAACAACAGAUCGCAUUAAACUGCGCGCGGCUGCUUACACGUGUCCUCCCAUACAUGCUAGAGGAGCCAGAGUGGCAGAGCUUCUUCUGGUCCUCGCUGCCGGCUGCGGAGAACGAGUCUGUGCCGCUGGCGCAGUCUCUCAUCAAUGCCGUUUGUGACCUCCUGUUUUGCCCAGACUUCACUGUGGCGAGUACACGCCGCUCCGGACCGGAGCGCGCCGAGGAGCUGUCUUCCCUCGACAGCUGCGAAUACAUCUGGGCGGGCGGAGUAGGCUUCGCCCGCGCGCCGCCGCGCUGCGCCGCCCAUGAAGCGGCCCGGACUGAACUAUUACGGCUGCUGCUCACGGCCUUCAGUGAGACCGUGUAUAAGCCACCUCACCAGACACACCACAAUAAGUGGAUCGCGUACUUGACGAGCCCAGACAACCGCCACGCCCUGCCACUGUUCACGUCCCUAUUAAACACAGUAUGCUCCUACGAUCCCGUGGGGUUAGGGCUACCCUACAACCAUCUACUCUUCAGUGACACGCUGGAACCUCUGGUCGAGGUUGCUCUGCAAAUUUUAAUCGUUACCCUGGACCACGACACAAGCAACGCUAUGAAUGAAGAUUCUGACGAGACCCUCCCUGACAACCUAUUCAUCAACUACCUCUCCCGCAUCCAUCGCGACGAGGACUUCGCGUUCGUGCUGCGCGGCGUUACCAGAUUGCUGAACAACCCCCUGGCCCAGACAUACCUGCCUAAUUCAGCUAAGCGGGUGGCCUUACACCAGGAGUUACUUGUUCUGUUUUGGAAGAUGUGCGACUAUAACAAGAAAUUCAUGUACUACGUGUUGAAAAGCAGCGACGUAUUGGAAGUGCUUGUGCCCAUUCUUUACCAUCUCAAUGACUCGCGCGCUGACCAGUCGCGCGUCGGCCUCAUGCACAUAGGCGUGUUCAUUCUCCUCCUCCUGUCCGGCGAGCGCAACUUCGGCGUGCGACUCAACAAGCCCUACACCGCCACCGUGCCCAUGGACGUGCCCGUAUUCACCGGCUCCCAUGCUGACCUACUAGUACUUGUGUUCCACAAGAUUAUUACAACGGGGCAUCAGCGUCUGCAGCCGCUGUUUGACUGUCUACUCACUAUACUCGUCAAUGUAUCACCGUACCUGAAAACGCUCUCGAUGGUGUCAUCCAGCAAGCUCCUGCACUUGCUGGAAGCCUUCAGCACGCCCUGGUUCCUGUUCUCGGCGCCGCAGCAUCACCACCUAGUGUUUUUCUUGCUGGAGAUGUUCAACAACAUCAUACAGUACCAGUUUGAUGGCAACUCGAACCUGGUGUACACAAUAAUCCGCAAACGUGCUGUGUUCCACGCGCUCGCCAACCUGCCUCACGAGCACACCGCCAUCGCGCGCUCCCUGCAGGCCACGCACGACAAACUGCCCAGGUCGACGAGUGCCGAGUCGGUGGCGGAGCUCGCCAUGGAGGGCUCGCGGCCCGCGCAGCCCGCCGAGCCCGGCACGCUCAACGCGACGUUGCCGGACACGCCCGCAAUCGCAGCCAUGACAGAGCGCGAGUCAGCGCACCCCAGCGCCCAACAGCUAGAAAACACGCAGUCCCUGUUGGAAAGUCGCAGCGGCGGCGACGGAGAAGACUGCGAGCCUGACGCCAUCACUGACGGAGAGGAAACACAGCGGCCGAGGACACAUGUAAGAAUAGUAGUUGUUAGGUCGCUACAAAACAUUCAAUCCCUGUUGGAAAGUCGCAACGGCGGAGACGGAGAAGACUGCGAGCCUGACGCCAUCACCGACGGAGACGAAACACAGCGGCCGAGGACACAUCGGGACAGCAUAAAGUCCACAACCAGCAUCCGCAGUCCCACCACGGACGGGUGGCGAGCCAGCGCCGAGUGGGUCGCCAGCUGGCGGGGCAAGCUCCCCCUGCAGACCAUCAUGAGGCUGCUGCAGGUCCUGGUGCCGCAGGUGGAGAAGAUCUGCAUCGACAAGGGCCUGACGGACGAGUCCGAGAUCCUGCGGUUCCUCCAGCACGGCACGCUGGUCGGCCUCCUGCCGGUGCCGCACCCCAUCCUCAUCCGCAAGUACCAGGCCAAUGCCGGCACCGCUGCCUGGUUCCGCACCUACAUGUGGGGCGUCAUAUACAUACGAAACGUCGACCCGCCGAUAUGGUACGACACGGACGUCAAACUGUUCGAGAUCCAGCGAGUUUGAGCGAUCAAGUACCGUGGCAGCUGAGUAUUUAUCGUGUAUCCUGCAAAUGGGAGUCCGUCAGUCGACAUCAAUACUCAAUACACUUAUUUAAACUACACAUAAUACAGGAAUAUCUGUUGCUUUUACUUACUGCAGAGUUACUUUGGCAGGUCCCUUUGACAUGGAGUUUAAUUAGCAAAAGGUCCGUGUUUUAGAAAACAUGAGCUUUAGUUAUCUUCUCUGCCACCAGAGGGCGUAGAAAAGUUGUCACUCGUAUCCUUAACGCCAAUAAAAGUUCACUUUUCGUUUACAUCUGAGUCUGAUACUUUUUUAUUUUUCAAUUGGCACUAUCGCGUCACCUCGGCUACAUCCUCUGAUCUUGCAGUAAAAGAUAGACUGAAGCGCCAUCUGCAUUGAGAAUUUCAUUUUUUAACUCGUUCUAUAUCAUCAAAUUGAUUUACUUUACUCAUAGUCGACUGACUGACUUCACCAAAGAAAAAAAUACAAAAAAAAGAAUUAUUAUUGGUCGUUCAACUCUGGACGCCUCAUUUUAUAUCUUGAAGUGUAAUUUUUUCCUCUCACCGAAGCAAUGAAGGGCAAAUCGCACAAGAACAUCUAUAAAGAGUUUUAAAACUAUAUCGAGCAGAGUUAUAAUUGGACUGUGUUAUGGAAUAACGA